AUGACUAAAAGAAAACCAUAAUUUGACAUAGGGAAGGAAGAGGAUGAUGAUGAAGCCUUACCUGUUGUCGGAGUUAACAAUACUCCAGAAGAAAUUCAGGAGAGAAAAAUUUUGAAGAUCAGAGGACCAAAAGGAAAAAAUGAUAACCAAAAUACAAAAAUAGUAAUAACUGCCCCACCGCCAUCAUUUGAACAAGCAGAAUCUGAUUAAAAACUGUCCACACCUCCUAAAAAGUUCUAACCUACGAACAUCUUCAAUUCUCAACAAGAAAAAUUGUUUUUCAAUACUCAGCCAUUGAAUAGUUUAUAAUUACCUAAGCAAUAAAACAAUAAUAUGGGGUUAGUGAGUCCAAUAAUUGAAUUUAAAUCAAUUCGAAAGAGUGACAAAUCAAUUACUUCUCCAAAUUAGGAGACUAAUAAAAAAAUAGAAAUUUUAGAUAAUAAAUUGAAGAAAAUAAAAAUAGAUGAUAAAGAGCAUGAAAAUAAAGAAAUCACAUUCACAAUAGAAAAAGUAGGAGAUGAUCACAAAAUAAGAGUUGAGCCUGACAUAUUUGAAGGACUGAUUGAGAAGGAGAAAACAAAGAAGGAGAAUAAUAUAGUGAGAUUAGAAUGUAAAAAGGAAAAAGAAGUGCAUGCAUUACAACUAGAAUUUGUUAAUGAAAAAGACUAUGAAUAAUUUAAUCUAUGA